GGAAGUGCAACCAGUGAGAGCUAGCUAGUUAGCUGCUUUCUAAUUCCAAGUUGAAAACGUACUUACAAGUUAAAGUUAUUUUAACGUUGGUGCUAAUGUUAGUUUCUAAUAGUUCAGUCGCUGUGGGCUUCUCAAAUGAGACACGUGCUAAGCUAGCGUAUGUCAACAUCCCAGGGCAGGUUGUGCUGCUAAAGGAGUUCGAGUUGUUGAGAAGAGCCUGCUGAGCUGGUUCAUUAUGAAGACCAACAAAUCAUAUAAGCUUGUGCUGCACAAGAAAGGCUUUGGUGGUAGUGAUGAUGAGUUGGUUGUCAACCCAAAGGUUUUCCCUCAAGUCAGUCUGAGGGAUAUCAUUGAGAUUGCACACCCUUCAGAUGAGUACAGUCCUCUUCUGCUUCAGGUGAAGAGCCUAAAAGAGGACCUCCAGAAAGAGACCAUCAGUGUGGAUCAGACUGUAGCACAAGCCUUCAAGCUGCGUGCUUACCAGGAUGUCAUUGUUAACAUUGUGGACCCAAAGGAUGUAACACUGGACCUGGUGGAGCUGACCUUCAAGGACCAGUACAUCGGCAGAGGAGACAUGUGGAGGCUGAAGAAGAGUCUGGUGAGCACAUGUGCUUAUGUGACGCAGAAAGUGGAGUUUGCUGGAAUCAGAGCCCAGGCCAGUGAACUGUGGGUGAAGGGAGAGAAAGUGACCUGUGGGUACAUCAGUGAAGACACUAGGGUUCUAGUGCAAGUGGGCCUGACGGUGAAUGGCAGUCAUGGCAGGCUCCUGGCAGCCUGGGGCUGGGUCAGAACCGCCAACAUCUGUUACAUGCCCGACCCUCUUUCUCAUGGGACCCGAGUCCGGAGCUACCUGCACGUGUUUGGAAGGGUGGUGGCUCAGAACGAGAGGCGGGAUGAGUGGACGUCCCUGCUUGUCACCAUCAAGAAGCUCUUCAUCCAGUAUCCUGUGCUGGUGCGGCUGAAGGAAGAAGAUGGUUUUUCUGUCGGUUACAACUCCACUGCUGCUCAAGGAAACUACCUGGAGGCCAUCAACCUUUCCUUCAAUGUUUUUGACAAGCACUACAUCAACCGUAACUUUGACCGCACCGGCCAGAUGUCGGUGGUCAUCACGCCGGGGGUGGGGGUGUUCGAAGUGGACCGUCUGCUUAUGAUUCUCACCAAGCAGCGUAUGAUUGACAAUGGUAUCGGGGUGGACUUGGUGUGUAUGGGCGAGCAGCCAUUACACGCUGUACCGUUAUUCAAGCUACACAACAGGACAGCACCUGGAGACUCUCGGGUUGGAGACGACUACAACCUUCCUCACUGGAUCAACCACAGCUUCUACACCUCCAAAAGUCAGAACUCUUGCAGCUCCUUUACUCCUCGAAUCAAACUGGCCGGACGCAAGCUUCAUGCUGAGAAAUUCAAGAGCAGCAAGGAACACACUCUCUGCGCUCCAAAGGACUCUGAAAACAGCCUCCCUAUUCAGGUGGACUACGACGCCCAUGAUGCUCAGGUGUUCAGACUGCCUGGCCCGUCACGAAUUCAGAGGAGCACCAACUUCAGAAUGGGUCGAGACAGAGAGGCGAGUGGGACCAGUGGGAGGAAGAGCUGGGGCUCGGUGGAGGUCAGUGCGAGCAUCGGAGCGUCGCCUCCUGUUCGCUCUGCGGGGCCGGAGGAGCAGCGCAGCCUGGCCUCUGACGACAGCCUGGGCCCCGUGUCCAACAUGCUGCUCAUCCCCCGCAUGCCUCUUGUCCAGUAUGAAGUCAGCAGCUCCCUGGGAUACACCAGCACCAGAGAGUUGUUGGAGAAGAUGAUGGACUCUCAGCGGGACUCCAGUGCCCCUGGCAGGUUCACCGUGGGAAGUGCUGAGUCCACCCUGCACAUCCGCCCCGGAGGGUACACCCCCCAAAGAGCACUGAUUAACCCCUUCACGCCGUCCAGGAUGCCCAUGAAGCUCACCUCCAACCGGCGGCGCUGGAUGCACACCUUCCCUGUUGGUCCUUCUGGAGAGGCUAUCCAGAUCCAUCACCAGACCAGACAGAACAUGGCUGAGCUGCAGGGCAGUCAGCAGAGAGACCCCGCCCACACCUCCGCUGAGCUGCUGGAGCUGGCGUAUCACGAGGCCACUGGAAGGCGGACAGUCUCUAGGCAUGCAGGAGAGAACGGCCUUUACAUCGGUGGAGGGAUGGAGGAGUUCACCGGGAGUCCAGGGAGCAACAAUAGUGGAACCAUAAACAAUUGCGGCUCCACAUUUGAAGACGUUUCCCUCAACGGUGCCGAUCCAACCCUGCUGCUGUCUGCACCCCCGACAGUGCCCAGCUUCUGCUGCACAGUGGGGGUGGACUGGAAGUCUCUGACCACCCCAGCCUGCCUCCCCCUCACCACGGACUACUUCCCAGACCGGCAGGCGCUGCAGAACGACUACACAGAGGGCUGCUACGACCUGCUGCCCCACAGCGACCUGGAGAGGCGUGAAGAUGAAGCUCCGGUGAUGAGUGCGGGUCAGGUGUUUGAGGAGUUCAUCUGUCAGAGGUUGAUGCAGGGCUACCAGAUCAUCGUGCAGCCCAACAACAGGAAGCCGCAGCCGCCUGCCAACACCCCGCUGGGCAGCAGCCCCCUCUACUCCAGGGGUCUAGUGUCUCUGCGGCGGGCCGACGUGGAGGAGACGGUGUACUGGCUCAGUAUGGGUCGCACCUUCCAUAAAGUUUGCCUCAAAGACAAGAUCAUCACUGCCACUCGCUACCUGCCCAAGUGAGUACCCCCAACCCCAAAGAACUCUGCAAGGCUGCAUUAUUUGACCAUUGAACCUCUCAAAUAGAGAAUAAGUAUCUCCAGAGAAGUUAGGCAUACGUGUGCACUCACGUGUCCCAUCCUGUAUGAAAACACAACACUCACAGUAAAACAAUUAAGUUGUCUUUUAAAAAAGUGAAAAGGAUUUAAAGUGGAGAGAAUUUAAAGAAGAGAUGAAGCCUUCAUUUUUAACAGUUUUAGUUUUUUAAAGGUCCCCUUUAACGGCUCGUUGUAGCUCCAAUAGCUCCAGCCCCC